AGGGGGAAAAAUAGAAAGAAAAUUUUCGAGUUGUUUUCUUUGUUGGUACGACAAAACAGUGAGAGAAAUAGAGAGAACAUUAUUAUCAAGACAAAUUAAGAUGGAAAAUAUGCCACCAGGUUAUCGUUUCUACCCUACCGAAGAGGAGCUGAUUUCGUGCUAUCUUCACAAUAAGCUCGAAGGAGUGAGGGAAGACAUGAUCAAUCGGAUUAUACCCGUCGUUGAUAUCUAUGACUACAACCCCUCCCAACUCCCACAAAUUUCAGGAGAGGCGAGUCUGAGAGACACGGAGCAAUGGUUCUUUUUCAUUCCGAGGCAAGAAAGUGAAGCACGAGGAGGGAGACCAAAGCGUCUCACAACUACUGGGUACUGGAAGGCUACUGGCUCUCCUAAUCAUGUUUAUUCUUCUGAUAAUCACAUCAUCGGCAUGAAAAGGACCAUGGUUUUCUAUACUGGAAGAGCUCCUAAGGGAAAGAAAACCGAUUGGAAGAUGAAUGAGUAUAAGGCCAUCCAAGGCGAAAUAUCCUCUUCAAACAAUUCAGUUCCUAAGUUAAGGCAGGAAUAUAGUUUAUGCCGAGUAUACAAGAAAUUAAAGUGCUUACGAGCAUUUGAUAGGCGACCACCGCCAAGGAGGGACACAUGUACAGCUAGUUAUCCUAAUGUUAAAAAUGUUGGAGAUCAGCAUCAGAAGGGUUCAACAUCUCAUGCAACAAGCUCACCAGAGAGUUCAUCCUCUGGAGACCAUGGUCAACCCUCCCAUGGUGGUGGGGAAGCUAGCCAAAUGGAGCUUGACAAUGAGCCAUUGUUGGAUUGGGAGCAAGUAGAUUGGUUCUUGGGAUCAGAAUCAUGAGCAGAAGAUAUGCAAUCUAUAAACCUUGCUGCUAGCUACAGCAAAAGUGGUGCAAGUGGAAAUAAUUAGCUGGACUCAUCGAAUGGACAGAAGGCUUGUGUACGUAGUUAUAUGCGUCGCAGAACCACUACUUUAAUUUAUUUCUUACUAUUAAUUGUUUCAAUAAUCUAGCUAAUUUGUAAAGACGUGUAAUGACUAGUUUGUCUCAUAAACUAUAUAUAUCAGAAACUCUUCUUCUUGUGAUCUAUCGCACCAU